GUCGACGACGUCGUGGGCGGGGCUGUCCUCAACACCAAGCCUCUCACAGGCAUUUUGUCGGGCACCUGCAGCCUGCCCAUGCGAGGAGGGUGCUAGCGAACUGGGCCCUCGGCCAUAGAGCAGAGAGGAUGCUGGUAAACUGGGGCUUCAUCCAUGGGGCAGCCACGCCAUGGGAGAGGGAAGUGUUAGAGGGCUCGACCAUCGAAGUUUGCUGGUCGGCCAUGGGGACGGGGGUGCGGCCUUGGAGCUCCGGCGUUCAAGGGAAGCAGCGAGAGGGAGUUGCAGACCGGAGCUCGAAUGGCAUCUAGCCAGCGCGCGCAGGGGGAGAUGGUGAGCUGCACAAAAAAAGGGAAACUCGAUCUGGGAGGAUGGCGGCCAGAUGGGACUGCUCGAGGGAAUCCACGGCAAGGUGGGGAUGGCCGGACUUGAGAAGGACAGGAAGCCAUAUGGGAGAGGGAGCGUACGUGCAGGAAGCGAACAAGGAGCCCAGGCCAUGGGGCGAGCUCACCUGCUCGAGCUCGGACCUAGAGAAAUGCCCUGCGCUAGGAGCCUGGGGAGGGGGAUGCUGUGCAGGGUGCCGGCCAGAGGUAAGGUGCGCCAGGGAGAGCUCACAGCCAUGGAUAACGCAGGGGCAGAGAAGAGCUCGCAGGGAACUCAGACGUCGUGACCGCUGGCCGGAUCACAGGCUGAGGAGAAGUUGCACCCAUGGCGCCGCUUACCUAGAGUUGGCCGAGCAGAAGAGGGCGGCUGGCCAUGGAGUUCCUGCUGGGCACCAUGGAAAGGGGAGCAGAGGUGCUGCACGGCAGAAGGAUGAAGGAGAGCGUGGGGAGGAAGAGGAGGCUGUUGGUGGCGGCUAGGGGUGGGAAUGAAAA